CUGGCAGCUGUGGGGUCCCCAGUAAGAGGCGGCACAUCAUAUGAGAGUUUGUACCUAGACAGAAGCCAGCAGGGUGUGGGAUCAGAAGAGCAAGCGGGGAGGGUCACUUGCUAUUUGAUGGGUACUGAGUGUGAGACCAGAAGGUUUGGAGAUGGAGAGGCAGAGUGGGUGUGCUUAAUGCAUUGCACUGUGCAUUCGGAAGUGGCUAGGGUGCUCACCAUCCUGUCGUGUUUACUGUGCCACAGUAGCAAGAAUAAAUAAGUACCGACAGAGUUCCUCCCAGGUCACCUCCUCUGAAGGAUGAGAACACGCAGCAAAGCCGGAUUGGCCGGCUGCUGGUCCGGUCCGCACCUGCCCCCGCGCGCGCGCUCGCUCUCUCUGGGUUUGCCAGUGCUCAGCCCAAAGCGCGACACCCGCUGGGUCCACCCAAGACCCAGGACCCCAGACUGCUACGCCAGUGCAGAUGGACGCCCGGGCGCCGGAAGUUCCUUGCGGGGACGUACUGCAGAACGCGGCAGAAAAUCUACUUCAGGAGCUUGAAGAACACUUCCGAGCCCUGACUACGACAUUAAACCUCAGAAUGGAAGAAAUGGGAAGUCGCAUCGAGGACUUACAGAAAAACGUUGAUGACCUAAUGGUUCAAGCUGGAAUCGAGAAUUCUGUCAAAGAACAAACGACCUGAAGAUGUUAAACAAGUCACAGGACAUUGCUAAAAUGGAAUCUACACUGUUUGAAUAAUCUAUGCAGUAAGAAUUUUGAUGUCCAGUUUUUAAUCUUUUUUUUUUUGAGACUUGAAAUCAAACCCAGGGCCUAAAAUGUAAUAAGUGAGUGGCUACCACUGAGCUAUAUGCUAACCCAUUAAAAAGUAAAAUUCAUUUUAGCAAAAAAAGAGAAACAAAAGAAAUAAAAUAAUAACGUAAUUCAGAAGGUGACUAUUUACCAAAGAUGAGACUUGUAAAUAAUAACAAAAUAUUUUUCAAUGGGUAUUUGUAAAUCAUGGAAGUAAAACAUCCACUAUAUUAGUUCACAUAUUUUCCAAGUUAAAAUUCUACAUUGGUUUUAAAAAAAAAUCAUUCAUCUGGUGUAGCUGCUUUUAGCUAUUUUUAUUUUUUAUUUUUCUUACAAUGUAUUUUAUCAUAUUUUUCCCUUCCCGUUACUCCUCUCAUAUCCUCCCUCUCCCCUCUUACUCACCUGAUUCCCUGUUCUUUCUUGUAGCUGCUUUUACCAUUUUUAUUUUCUUUUUAAUCAAUGCGAUGCUCUUCUAAGCACGUGAGCCUGCUAAAUUUUUUUUUAAUUUUUUUGAGAUUUAUUUUUUUAUUUUAUGUGUAUGGAUGUGUUACUUGAAUGUCUGUCUGUGCACCAUAUGUGUGCAGUGUUUGCAAAAGGCCAGAAGAGGGUAUCGGUCCCAUGGAACUCCAGUUAAAAAUCAUUGCUAGCUGCCAUGUGGGUGCUGGGAAUCAAUCCAGGUCCUCAGGAAGAGCAUCUAGUGCUCUUAAGCCACUGAACCAUGUCUAUAGCCCCAUAUGUAUCUGCUUUUCCAUAGCUAUUCUAGCUCCCUCCUGCUAGUCACUCGUGCCUUCAAGACUCAAUGUAACAUAACCAGGCUAAGAAAACUCUGCAGCAACCGCUCUACAAAAUGAAAACCCCAGAGCUCAGCCAAAUCAACACACAGGAACUAGCAAAGCAAGCAUGGCCUCAGAACCCUGUUCCAUAGCAACCAGACUGCCCUUCAUCCCUCACCUUGGGGUAGAUGCUUUUCUCCCAAAGAGAGUUUUCCUGUGUCUUGAUGUGAACCUCACCCCACCUAGGAAUCACUGGAGGAUAGAAUGACAUCAAGAUAAUUUGCUAGGCUAUUCAGCCUUUCAAAUAGUUACUCAAACCAAUGUAAAAUAGCUAUUGUCAUCUAAAGGGUCUCUCAUUUAUAAAAAGGUAUUCCUACAUAAUAUAAGCUUAAAAUCACCCCAGUUCUUCCACCAAUUGGCCACUGAUGACACUUGUCCUAUGGAGUUUAAUAUGUUCAAUCAUGUUACCUAUAAUCUCAUAGCCUAUUCUCUUUACCUAUCAUAACAUUGUCCCAUGUGAAAAUUUCAUGAUUUCCCCCAGUGGCUGCCUAAUAUUCCAGUUUAUGGCAAUAAUCAUCUAGGCAACUAAAGGUUUACUAAUUCUUGGACACUGAGAUCAUUACUCAUUUUCAUAUUAUUAAUAAUGCCAUUGUGAGAAAUUACCCACAAAUCCUCUGCACACUUCAACAAGUCAGAAAUUUGACUAAAUCCACAGCAUUCAGCCAAACAUACCUAAGGAAGGAAGUAUCAUCCAAUGUUCCCAAUGAUGGUAGACAUUUUUUGAUCUUAGAAGGUGUGCCUUAAAUUGGAUCAUUCGAGUUUGGUGGUCUUGGUGGUUUGAAAUCAUGGUAGUGCUAUUUGACUAUACUAAAUUUCAAAGUAUCUUAGCUAUAAUUAUAAUUUAGCAGUCUCAGUGGCUAUUUGAAGAAAGUCAGAUCUGAGACCUCAUCAUCAAAAUCAUGAAAGCUAGGCAGUAGCACAUGCCUGCAAUCCCUGUGAUAGGGAAACUGAGGCAGGAAGACCGUGAGUUUGAGGCCACCCUUGGCUCUAUGGUAGAUACCUGUGUCAAAAUCAAAAUCAAACAAAAAAAAAUGAACAAACAAAACCCCCAUAGAUUGAGAUUAUAUACGAAACAUUCCAGAAAUGAGUUCUCAUUGGCCUUCUAUGAGCCUCUGUAUGUUCAUCCAUCUUAUUUUCCUUACUCUGCCUUUGGCUUUAAUUUAAAAUUAGCAGCUUGUGGGGAGUCUCUUUUAAUCCCAACACCCAGGAAACAGAGGUCGGCAGAUCUCUGUGAGUCUGUGCAUCCUGGUCUACUUAGUGGGUUCUAGGCCAGCCAGGGCUACAGAGUUAGACCUUGUCUCAAAAAUAACAACAACAAAAGUACAAUUUUUAUGUUUUUAAUCAGUUGAAAUUUUAAUUUAUGGAUUGUAGCACAAAUCUUAAAAGGUCUUAUUAAUAAGAUCAAACCUGGAGCCAGGUAUUGGGGUGAAUGCUGGAAGAUCAGAGAAACAGAACAAGCCACAGCCACCUCACCUUGCCAAUUCCUCAGCUGAUCCUGUUUCCUUAGACUGGAAGCUUCUGAGUCCUCAUCCAGAAUGAAUCUCAGCUGAACUGUUGAUCAAAAGCCUAAAAGCUUAACCAGGCUAGUUCCUGGUUUCCACACCUUAUAUACCUUUCUGAUUCCUGCUUUACUUCCUGGGAUUAAAGGCAUGAGUCACCAUGCUUGGCUGUUUCCAGUGUGGCUUUUAACUCUGGAUGGAUCUCUGCCUCUGGAAUGCUAGGAUUAAAGGCGUGUGCUACCACUGCCUAACCUCUGUGUAAUAUUAUGGCUGUUCUGUUCUCUGACCCCAGAUAAGUUUAUUGGAGUGCACAAUAUUUUGGGGAACACAAUACCACCACAAUGGAUGGGAUCACACCCCUCAAAGAGACUCCCCCCUACUUUAAUUUUGGGCUGUGCUUGCUGUGCUGCGCCGUGUCUGUCAAGCCCUCUGUGUGGUUCCAAAGCAAUCGGGAGCUGCCCACCCUCAGGGCUCCUCAAUGGACCAGUGUGGACACAGUGUGUGCCUGUAUUAGGUCUUUGUCUUGUUUGCUCUAAGGCUGCACAGGCAGUCUACAGCCAGCUGCACCUUCCUAGUUGCUGUACUGGGCUCACCAGCCAGUACCUGGGACCCUGGAGCAACAACUCAGUGCUGUGCACAUCACUGGACCGUUGUUUAGUGUCUUUUCUAAUAGCACUGCAAUAAGGCUGCCGCUUUGCUGUGCACACUCGUGACGCUGUAGAUCUCUGCCAACUUCACUCCAUCCUCCUCUGAGCUCCCUGGGUUUACUUCCAAGCUUACUCUUCUCUACCUUGAUAAUUCCUGGACAUUACCUAAAGGCAUCCUGGAAUGUUUGGAGACGAAUCUCCUGGUGGGGGUCACCACAACAUGAAGAAACCACCAGCUGGUUUCAGCAGGAUCCAAGCAGGAAUGCAAGAUCAAGUCAACUGUUCUGCAGUUCAGGAGCACCAGUAAGGAUGGUCACUGAGAGCCAGCUGAAGCCAACUUCUGUAUCUGUGAUGGUCUGAAUGUUUACAGCCCCUCAACUGGUAUGUUUGUAUGCCGACCCCAGCGCAGCUUUAUUUGGAGAGAAGGCCUCUGAGGAAGUAAUUAGGGGUAAAUGAGGUCACAAGGGCAGCACCCUGAUCCAGGAGGUCAGGUCUGGUGUCCUCAUGAGAGACAGAAGUUUGCUCUUUCUCUGUGUGCACACUAAGGACAGGCCAUGAGAACACAGUGAGAAGGCUGUCCUCUGAAGCUGAACUGUCUCCGAGCCUUGGCCUUGUGCUUCUAGAACUGAGAAAAUCCAUUUUCCUUGUGUAAGCCAGUCUGUUCAUUCAGUUAGGACAGUCCAAGCAAGCUGAUAACAAAAGGUAUACAAGGAACAUGGAAUGCAAACUGUUUGCUUUCCUUUCCCCCAUAACAUCUGAAAAGCUAUUACCAAUAAAGUGUAAUCUAACUAAAUACAAUUCACCCUAAUUCAGUAAAGAACUAUUUAACCUUAUGUUCAUUGUGCAGACAAUGUAAGUAAUUCUAGAACAUGUUCCUAAUCUCAAAGAAACUCCACAGCCAUUUGCUACAUAUCCACUUCUUAACACACCAAGUCCUACGCAAUCACUUACCCACUUUCUGUCUGAACAGACUUGCCUAUCUGCACAUUACAUCUGUUCAUCCAGUGAUGGACACCCGGGCUUCCACAUUUGGGCAGCUGUGGAUAGAAGUUUCUGUGUGGACAUUUGUUCUUUUCGGGGUGGGGGGUGGGGGGGGUGGCAGGGCUAUACUAUAAUACCAUACUGAACUUCCCGAGGACAUGCCUGUUUUCCAAUCUGGCUACAUCCCAUUAUAGCCCCCACCAGCAGUUUAUGAAGAUUACAAUUUCUCCCCAUAUUCACCAACACUUGUUAUUGCCUGUCCCAGGGGAGGAGAAAUGUCCUGUCUGUUGGAGUUCAGCUCCGACCUGCUUCCACCUAUGGAAGGGUUCUUGGGUGGAGGAGAGAAGAAUGAGGAAAUAUUAGGUAGAAAGAUAGGAGACAGUAAGAAAGACAGAGACACAGGAUAGCUUCAGGAGGGCCCUGGGUCAAUACCCAGACGCCCAGAGCUUUAUUCAAAAAGGCUUUUUAUAAUACACCAAGGGGAGGGGCAAAAGACCUCACCCUUGAAAGAUCAAAACACACUGUACAGCCAAGUCUAGACCCUUCCAAACACCUGGCAACCACGCCUGUGGUCAAAUCAUCCCAUUGUGCAGCCCUGCUGGGUAAAGCAAGCUCAGAUUCCCUGACCCUGAGUAAGGUUUCACUAGGAAGCCUCUGUGGACCACCACAGAAAUGGAAUCAAACUCUGGCUGAUUCCAUCUCCUUCCUGAACGGUGAUGCUGAGUAUUUUUAUGUUUUCUGGCCAUUUCCCUUUCUUUGAUAAAAGAAUGUCAGGAAUAUACUCAGUGUCUGUUAUAUGCUAGGUGUUCAGGGUCACAGAUUUUUUUUUAAACUAGCUACUUAUAAUACUGAGAUGUAGUUUUACUUAAUUUUGACUUUUUUAAGAUGUAGUAUUUUAGCUCAGACUAGCCUUGAACUCCAGUUUCUCCUGCCUCCGUUACCUGAGUGUUGUAAUCACACACGUGCCACCAUGUCCAAUUUUAUACCAUGUGUUUUCUUGUUUUUAAUGAUAAACUCUUUUCCAUCCAUCAUCUUUCCACUUUGCUUAAGUGCUUGGAGAAGAAUAACUAUGGCUAAUUGUGGUCAUUUGGUUUCUAGAAGUAAAUUAUCUUGUUUUUCUAGAUUCUUGACUGCCCUCCCCCAGAGACCCCAGUAAUGGUCAGCCGGGGAAGAUAUUUAUUGAUCACCUGAUAUUUUUAACAAUGUUCUAAUUCAGUGGUUCUCAACCUGUGGGUUUUGACCCUUUUGGAGAUCGAACAACCCUUUCACAGGGGUUGCCUAAGACAAUCAGAAAACACAGAUACGUAUGAUUCAUAACAGUAGCAAAAUUAGUUAUGAAGUAACAAAAGUAAUUCUAUGGUUGGGGGUCACCACAACAUGAAGAACUGUAUUAGAAUGCACAGCGUUAGGAACGUUGAGAACCACAGCACUAAUCACUAGCAGUGGUCAGCUGUGGGCUAAAAAAGGGAACUCUACCUUCCUUCCAGGCCCCCACUUUUCUGGACUGUAACUACCCCAGCUUGUAAGCACUGUGGAUUCUGAUUCUCAUAGAGAAUCCCCUCUGCAAGUUCCCCCUCCCCCAAAAAAUAAAGGACUGCACAGUUUUA